UAUUGUGAUGGUAAUGAGUCAGUUUUGACAUGAUUCACUGCAAGUGCUCAGCAAUUGAAUGGAAAAGCAUUGUUUAAACAUUUCUUGAAGGCUUACAUCUUAAAAAUAUUAGUCUGCACAAUGAGUAUUUUUAAGUACUUAUCAGUCAGAAUUGAUCAAUGCGAAAUGUUUUAGCUGCAAAUGUUAAUUUUUUGUUGGCGUGAAAUAUUUCCAAUGUGACUUUGUUUUCUGUGAUGCAGUGCUGAACCCGAGGUCAUUCUGAAAACAACCAACCUGUUCUGCUGUGUAGUUUCAUCAGUGCCACAUCUCGAAGCAUCUUACAAAGUUGUAAUGCUAAAGGACAUUGUAUAAUUUGGGAGGGGUCAGACUUUGGAGGGAUUUGAAAACUAGAAUGAGAAUUUUAAAAUGACACUGUUGCUGGACAGAGAACUAGUGUCACUCAGUUAGCACAGAGGGUAGUGUGGGAUUUGGUGCAGUUGAGGGUGUGAGCAGCUAAAUUUAGAAUAAACUCAACCUAACGGAGGGUGUGAUAGGAUUAUGUUGGACUAACUGAGUCUGGAGAUAAUAAAGAGGAUCAGGGAUUUGGCAGGAGAUGAAUAGAGGCAGGAGUAGAGCUGGGAUUCCUGGACAUUUCAUACAUUAAAGGUGCAGACUACAACUCCAGAGAUUAAAAAAAAGACCAUUCUAAAACGAAUCAAAUUAUCUUUUUUUGGCCUUUCACACUGUUUGACCAGAGUUAUAUUUGCAGUGAUUUGCUCCUUGUGAACUGUGACCCCUGGAGUAAAUUAGUUGAACAGCAACCAAGCUCGCCCCACCCAAAAUGGAAUGUUCUUUAUUUUGUUGGUUUUCUUCAGUGCAGGAAGUUUGCUGAGUUUUCUGUGCAAGCUGCAGAUUAUAUUUUUAAAAUAUAUAUUCCAUAGUCGUUCAGCCUUUAAAUCCGCACAAGGCAAAGGGCAGAAGGAUUCCCUCCCUGUAAUAAUUGGGUUGCAGUGAAGAAAAUAAUGACAACAGGAAAUGUUGUAGUGAAUGGAAAAAGUAGGCAGCACUGACUGCAGAACUUCCUCUUACAUCACAGACCAAAUAAGGUUCAGUGAAGUGACUUUACUAUCAAACCGUGUCAGUAUCUUGUUGUCAUGUUUCUACCUCAUGGGCUGCUGUACCGUGCAGAACUGCACAGACAGAAUCGAGAUAGCAGAGUUGGGGGGGAUUCAGGAUGAUUCCUCCCAGAGGACAAUCACACCGCGCACACACAGAGAUAACUAAAACAGGAGCUUGUGAAGAACCAAAAUCAGGAACUGCAGGAAUACAGUCAACUCCAGGCUAUAAUGGAAGAAAACAGAAGCUGUGAAGAAGGUUCCAGAAAAAUGGUUUGGAAUGACAAUCUCGAAGUUGCAUACGAUUGAUAAUUGCCUUCAAAGAAACUCGCCAUGAAGUGAACUUUAAAUAAAUGUCCCUUUUCUUUGCAUCAGUUAUCAAGCAGGAACACUUUUAUCAGCACCGUAACACAAUAAACUGUUGCAGCAUUCUCAACAAAUGCGAUCAGCGCAGGGGUUUGUUGUUUCCUAAAAGACGCAACGUUUAGCAAAUGAAUCCUGCCAAGCUCCAACGCAAUAGUACUUGAAGGUCAUGGAUCCUGAGCCAAGUGGUGCCCACCAGAAGAGUACAGGAAGGGCUGAACAGAGCCCUUGCAGGACACCGGGCACAGGUGAUAUCUCUCCCUCCACUGUAAGGUCCACCAUUGCCUACCAACCAAGCCAGCUCCAUCCUCCAAGAAGCCUUGGUGGUGACGUUGUCCCUCCUCCUCCGUGUUUCUCAGCCCCGCUGCAGCUUCCCACAGGGGAGCGGGCUCACCCACUGACCCCAGGGCCCGAGCAGCCAAAACCCCACCCCUGCAGUUAUUCCUUUGAGCAACCGCAACCCGGGCCAGCCCAGCUCCGGCAGCAGCCCAUGCCCCCAGUCUUCAUGGCCCCAGUAAAGCCGGAGCUCGGUCUGGAGAGACGCUCCUGGCAGCUGUUUGACCCUCGAGGCCCCGUGGCAUCGGGCUCUUACGUCCACGGUGGGCUUCCGUCGCACGGCGGGCACCUUCUCCCCUCCCAUUGCCCCAAAGAGGACCCUGUCUACAGCCACCAGGUGCCCCUGAAGCAAGACGAGGCACCCAGGAAGGAGAGAAAGCCUCAAAAGCCCGGCAAGUACAUCUGCCAUUUUUGCGGGCGGCCCUGCGCCAAGCCCAGCGUCCUCCAGAAACACAUCCGGUCCCACACGGGCGAGCGCCCUUACCCCUGCCACUCCUGCGGCUUCUCGUUCAAGACGAAGAGCAACUUGUACAAGCAUCGCAAGUCCCACGCUCACAAGCUUAAAGCAGGGCUUGUCCCAGGAACCAAGGGGGAGAUGUUGGCGGGGACCUCCACUCUGGAGAUGGAGAAACUCAGCGGGGACGAGCCGGAGGAGCACACCGAGGGCGAUGAAAGCACAGACUCAGAGGACGAGACCGCGGCAAUGUCUGCCCACUCGCUCACCGACUUGCCCCCCAAACACAAGCACAUUCCAAGCUCCAGCUCCCUCGGUGCCCAGGAACUGAGCCCCAGGCGAGCAAGCUUCACAGCAACUCAGCAGAAUGAGACGCCAUCGCUGGAAGAAGGCUCGCAGGUCUCCGAAUCCUCCCUCGAUCUUUCCUUCAGCCACAAGCCCGAAGACUCUCACACCAUCAAGCAAAAACUGGCACUCCGGCUCAGUGAGAGGAGAAGGGCGCUGGCCGAUGAACAGUCCCAGACCUUCCUGAGUCCUGGGAGCAAAGGGAGCACAGAGUCGGGUUAUUUCUCCCGCUCGGAAAGCGCAGAGCUGCAAAUCAGUCCUCCCCAGGCCAGCGCAAAGUCUUACGCUGAGAUCAUCCUCGGCAAGUAUGGUCGGUACAGUCAGAAAACCUCCAUGAUAGCAGCAAGUGCCACCCAGAGAAUGCAGCCCAUGGCCUUGGAAGAUAAGCCCAGUUCCCUUUCCUUUUCCCUGCCCAAGGCCCAGAUGGAACAGAAUGUUAUUGAACACAUCACCAAGCUCAUUACCAUCAACGAGGCGGUGGUGGAUACCAGUCAAAUCGACAGCGUCAAGCCUCGUAGAACCUCACUGUCCAGACGCGGUAGCAUUGAGUCUCCAAAGCCAAGUACCUCCAGAGAAUCCUUCCAGUUUGACAUGAAGUUGUUGGGCUCCGAUCCCAGUAGACACCCGUUCUCAGCAGCAGCGCGCCAUGUCCACAGUGCCACUGAAACAGUGCCUCUGACCAGAAGCAAUUCCAUGCCUUCUGCGGGCAGUGCCUGUUUCCCGCCAACGUUCAAGGGAAGCUACUCCUUUGACGAUAGGAUGGCUGAUCCUGGGCAGGUCUUCAGCCAGAGCCACGGGCUCGUCUCCCAGCACCGUAUGCUGAAGAGGCAGAAGGCCAUUGAGUUGCCUUCGGGCAUGGAGUACCAGACGGGGGAAGGCGGCUAUUCAGCCAAAGAGAUGCAGGCACCACCUGGCAGGUCGGGCGAGGAGCAGGAGCCUGAGGAGGGCGAUCCCACCAAAAAGACCAAGAAGGGUUCACGGGUGAAGGGGCUGAUGUACGAGUGUGACAUCUGCGGGGCCCGCUACCGCAAACGGAACAACUACGAAACGCACAAAAAGUAUUACUGUUCGGAACUGCAGGCCCCAAGGUCCAGGCCGUACCUGGCUCACAUUCCUCGAGAAAGCCAACGCGGAGCUCUACCUCACGACAUGCAGCCACAGAUGGUGCACUACAAGCUACGUCCAUCACUAGAGCUCACACCAGCGAGGAAGAGGAGGAAAGAGAAGAGCCUUGGGGAUGACGAGGAGCCGCCGGGUGACUACAGCAGCCGAUCAGCCCCUGUCAUGGUGCCCAGCGUGCCAUCCAGUGUCGGCACUGCUCCCCCCGGCUCGGCACCUCUGUCAUCUCCGGCUGCUGGCAGCCCGUCAGGAUUGGCCCACCCUGGAGCCAGGGGUGAGGCCACAGAAGCAGGCUUGGAGCUGGGCAUCGGAGCUGGGCCCACGUCGACGGAAACUCAGGUCCUGGGUUCGGACAGCAGCAGCAAAAGAGCGACCGCAAAAGAGAUCUCUGUGAUCCAGCACACCAAUGCUCUCAGCAGGCCGAGUUCUUUCGAGAAGUCCGAAUCUCUUGAGCACCUCAGCAGCGUGAGCUCCCAAGAAACCCUAUCAGUUGAGUAUCCGUCGCAGUCGGUGGGGGCAGAACCAAGUUGGCACUCUGUCCCUCAACAUCCUCGCCAUCACCAUCACCACCACCACCAUCCCUUACAAGCCCGUCUGGUCCGGCAACGCAAAAUCCAAGUCCCUGAAAUUCUUGUGACCGAAGAGCCGGAUAAAUCGGAGAGGGACAAGGAGGCGGCCGUGAAAGAGCCAGAGAGAGCCCCCGAGGAGUUCCAGUGGCCUCAGAGAAGUCAAACCCUCUCGCAGUUCCCGACAGAGAAACUGCCACCCAAAAAGAAGAGGUUGCGCUUGGCCGAGAUGUCGCAGUCUUCGGGAGAAUCGAGCUUUGAGUCCGUCACGCUGGCGAGGAGCCCGAGUCAAGAGAGCAGUAUCUCGCACAGUUCCAGCCACUCGGCGUCGUUUGAAAGGGAAGAGCAUUGCAAGCCAGGGGAAGCCUCCUCAUUAAAGGAAGGGGCCGGGCCGCUGUCGGAGAUCCAUGCCAGGCCCCCGGGCUCUCACAUGCUGACCGUGCCCGCUCAUUACCAUCACCAACGUGAAAUGAGGCGGUCCUCGUCCGAACAAGCCUCCAGUGGGCAACCCCCUUCAGAAACACCUGAAAUCCGCAGCAAGUCCUUCGAUUAUGGGAGCCUGUCCUCCGAAUCGUCCUCCGGCCCAAAACUGGCCUCCCCUUUGAAAGAGCGGAGAAGGUGUUUCUUGGUACGCCAGACCUCAUUGAGUGGGUACGGCGAAUCUGAGCAAGAGGCCAAAUCCAGUUCAAACCAAGAGAAACCCGAACAAGCCCACGUUCCUGGCAAAUCUUCUGUUCACGGGCUAAGUUCUCGUUAUCAUUCUCCCCCUCCCCCGCCAUUGCCUCACUCCUGCCAGCCCAGCGUUUCCCAGCUGCCAUCUGAUGCUGCCCAACUGUUUUACACCCAACCACCAACCGAGGCCUUCCAAGUGUUUCAGCAGCCAUUACCACAAGCAGGGCAGCAGCAGAAGCAAUACCAGCAGCAGCAGCUCUCUCCCUUCCCAGCUCCACACCACCUUCAACAGCAAGGGCAGAUAUCAUCGCUGCUGCCAUCGCUGGUGAUGCCAGAGGUGCUUUCAACUCCUGUAGCCCUGCCUCACGUCCCCUAUCCUCUGUUUGCAUCACCGCAGCUGCCCGUUCGACAAGCCCAAUUGCAGGCCUCCCAACAGCUGCUACAGCAGCCUGUCGAGUUGUCUGUUCAUCCUGCGUCGCUGCUGCACAGACAGCGAUUGGCUCCCUCAUCCACUUCACAAGCUGCCUACCUGCCAUUGCACUCGCAGCUUGCCUUUCAGCUGCAAGCAGAAACCGGAGGUCAUUUCAGGGAGCAGAAACACCCAUCACAUCUGUCUCCCCCGGUCCGCGUUCCUUCUUGCUCACCACCUUUCCCUUCUCAGUCCGAGUACAGUUCAGCCGGCGCCGUCCACUCUUCAGCCAUCUCCUCUCCAGGCACUGCGUCAUUGUCAGCAUCACAGCCCUCGGUCACUGAAUUUCCUGAGCUCCUGCAGCCUGUGGUGUCACUUGUAGUGCCCGUCAGGGUCCAGACCCAUAUGCCAACCUAUGGCAGUGCCAUGUACACGACUCUGUCACAAAUGUUGGUGACGCAGUCAGCAGAAAGUCCUUCUGCAGUGGUCAUUUGCAGAGUGGAAGAUUGCAAGCCCAAAGGUACCCUUGUAUGUACUGAAGCCAUGCAGGGUCUGGGGCUCGAUUUGUCACAGAUGAUUGCUAGCCACCAUAGAGAUCUGUUCCAAUCGCCAUACUUAAGAAUACCAUUUCCCAUGACAGAAAGAAAGGGUUAUAUACCACUCACAUCACCAACAGAAGGCAUGUGUGGUACAGACAGUUACCAGACCACCAUUGGGGGAAGCAAACGAAUGUUGUCUCCAGCAGGUAGCUUAGAAUUGACCAUGGAGACCCAACAACAGAAACGUGUGAAGGAGGAAGAGAUUGAAGAGAGCACUGAACCAGUUAAACAUUUAAGCGUAAUGCAUUCAAGGGCAGAGGAUGCUACAAGACGACAGAAACCUCAGCUGCCAAGACAACAACUGAGUGAGUCAACGGCCUCAUCGACACAAACCUCCCAAGAGUGGGACUCCAGUGCAAAGCAGACUCUGCCCCUCCCACAGUUCUCCCUUCAGUCACCUGGAACAUCAGAGGUAUACAAACCCUGGCCCGUACACCAAUACGGAAAUAAACCGCUUUUAGGGCCAGUGAAGAAGGAAGAUACUCAGGAGCCUGUCCGAGAGAGACCCCCAGUCCAUGCGCAAGAGCUCCAGCAACCUCCCACCAGCACUUUACUUGAGCCACCCACCUGUCCCAGCCCUGCAAAGCCAAGCACCUAUCUGACAGAUGUUAGUGACAUCCAACAGGUCCUACACUUCCCGAGCCUCCAUACGACGACUAAUGUCAGUUGGUGCUACCUGAAGUACACCAAGCCAAAUCCCGUGCAGCAAACUGACCGAAGAUCUUCAGUGUAUGCCAGUUGGUGUAUCAGCCUGUACAAUCCCAACCUACCUGGCAUGUCGACCAAGCUAAGCCUUGCACUCCUGAAAUCAAAGCAGAAAACCAGCAAGGAAAUCUACACCAUGGCUGCAGUUCCACGGCGAGAGGCAGGGAAACUAGUCCCAUCGAACACCAGGAAACUCCGAGUUAGCGAGAUCCAUACACCUACCCCACUUCCUGGUGAUGGGAGAAAAGAAGUCUGCAAAUUAGAGAAAGAAGAAGAAAGGAGGGAGAAACAUGAAGAUGAAUCCUCAACACCCAAGAGACUGGAACCAACUAGAAUUAAGAUUUUUGAAGGAGGGUAUAAGUCCAAUGAAGAUUAUGUUUAUGUGCGAGGGCGGGGAAGGGGAAAGUAUGUGUGCGAGGAAUGUGGAAUUCGCUGCAAGAAACCCAGCAUGCUGAAGAAACACAUUCGCACACACACAGACCUCCGGCCAUACGUCUGCAACUAUUGUAACUUUGCCUUCAAAACCAAAGGGAACUUGACAAAGCACAUGAAGUCAAAGGCUCACAGUAAGAAGUGCCAGGAGAUGGGAGUCACUGUUGCAUUAAUGGAAGACGUGGAAUCUGAAGAAGGAACCAGUGAAGAAAAGUUGAAGAAAGCAGAAGAAAUCGAAGGCACAGAACCAGGAGAAGAGCAUCAGUUUUCAGAUGUUGAGGAGUCAGAUGAUGAUGAUGACAACGACGAUGAUGAUGAAGAGGAAGAGGAAGAGGAACAGUUUGUGAGGUCUUCAGAGAUUGCAAGUACCAGUCCACAAACAGCUGGGACUGUGUCAAGUUCAUACAGAGGGGAAACAACCAUCCCAUCAUUAGAGACCACUUUGAAGCAGGGAUCUAGUUUAACCAGUCAGUAUUCAUCGACGGGUUGCCCCGGGUCACCAUCUCAAGUUCAGCCAAUGAAAUCCUCCGAGCCGGGCAUGGUUCCUGUGUGUCAUGGUGUCUCACAGGCAAAACCUGAAGGAAGUAUUUCAAUACCACCAUUGCCAUCUGCUGAGCAUUUUCUACUGAAGCAAGGCGAUCCUCUGAUGAAAAGGCAGACUGUGCUAAGUCCAGAUAUUCCACCAUCAAGAGAUACGUCACCUAGAAGGCCAUGGUCUCCGAAGAGGGAAUCAUCGCCUCAUAGCCUUUUAUAUCCAGGAGGGGACAUUCCAUCUGGGAGACACACAUCACCAGAGAGAGAGGCAUCAGUUCAAGAGCACUUUUCCCCAAGAAAAGAAAUGUCACCUCGGAGACGCUUUUCACCAGGCAGGGAAUUAUCAUCCAGGAGCUGCCCAUCACCAGGGAGAGGUAUGUCACCAAGGAGACGUCUCUCUCCAGGCAGAGAGGUGUCACCCAAGAGAUGUCUAUCACCGAGGAUCGAAGUGUCAUCUGGGAGAGCGUCACCUCGAAAACAUUUGUCACCAGAAAGAGAUGUGUCACCUGGGAGAGCUUUGUCACCGGGUAUGAAAAUGCUGCCUUCAAGGUAUCUGUCUCCAGCAAGGGAGAUCUCUCCAAGGAGACAAUUGUCACCUGUGCAGCAAGAAUCAUCUGUAAGACACUUGUCUCCAGCAAAAGAUGAAUUGCCAAGUAAAUGCCUGACAUCAAGUUGGCAGAGUGCCCAAUGCUCCUCUUUUCCUGCAAAGCACAGUGACUCAUCUUCGGUGGGUCUACCUCCAAGGAUAUCUAGCAAAGAGCCAGAACAAUCUGAAUCUAAAUUGAAGAUGUCUAGAAUGGGCUACCACAGUAUACAUGAAGAGCCAAGUACACCGUCCCAUGCCUUGCAUUUUCUUUCUUCAAGAAAUACACAAACUGCACAUGAAGGACAAAGUUACAGUGGGCUGUCUGGGACCGCACAAGAUUAUGUUUUCAGUCAUCUUCCUCUGCACUCUCAACAGUUGGUCAGGACACCCUACCCCAUGAUUCCAAUUGGUGGAAUACAGAUGGUUCAGACAAGGCCAGGCUUGGUGCCUUCUCCAAUAGUCUCUCUACAGUCAGGCAUUCCUGUGAAUCCAACUGCACCUGAUCCCUUUAGUGCAACUAGGACAGAGGCCACAAUACAUUUCGAAGAGGGGGUUUUGCUAAGACCCAAAUCUGCUGGAGCAACAACUUCAAAACCUUUGCCUUUACCGCAGCUUUCUGUUCCCACAGCCCCUGUUGUGACAGUACCUUCUCUUGCUAGAAGUAGUAAACCAAGUAUUACUUUACAGAGGAUAGAGACUGUUGAGUUAGACAAAGCAACAGCAUACAAACAGGAGGAAUACAGGGUACCAAUUUAUUCUGAACCCAGCACUAUCGCUGCUCUGAGCCACUCGGGGCAAGAUGCUGGCUCAGCCAGACUGGACAGCCCCAGCACCAGCCACGAGCACUAUCCAAAGCCUUCGACAAGUGGAGAAGGAUCUUCAAAGGAUCUGAGCACGAAGCAGUUUGGGUGUACAGACACCUAUUAUGAGUCAGCCCGCACUUUAGCCACCACGGAACCUACACAUCCUUUACAAGGAAGUGCUAGUAGUUCAUCAGACUCUUCGAGUCCUUCCCACUCUUUCCAAACCGGUGCUGGCAGGACUGCUUCAAGUGGACAAUCUCACCCAGUUAGAACGCAAAGUGGAAGCAACCCAGAGUAUAAGGGUGAAGGCUUUGUGCACCUUGAUAUGCAAAAGGACAAUAAGACAGGAAGUUCAUAGCAUCCACAGCCAUGCAGAUUCACCUUUGAAGAAGAUGCAUUGGGCAUUUGUCAACACUAUUUUCCUUCCUCAUACUCAUGAAUGUUGUUAGAACAAAACAUUCACAUAUAUAUAUAGUAAACAUGACCAAAAUCACCAGAAAAUUCCUGUUUAAAAUUGUCCAAGUCCAGUAUUAUUUAAAUGUACACAGUUACUUGUGCCUUUCUCUUUUAUUUUGUGGCUACAGAUGUAUAGGAUGGGAGGGAAGGGGGGAAGCGGUGAAGAGAAAAUGAUUUGAGGCUGUGAAUAUUUUUAAAAGCAAUGUAAUUGAUUCAGAGUAGCUGUCUGUUUUUUCAUUUGGAAUUACUUUGAGUCAAAUCACAUGAAACAAAAGGGAUUAAAACAUUGGUGUGAUGAUGCACUGAAGACUUAUUUUUAUAUUGAUAAAAUGUAAACUGCUUGUGUACAGAAAUAAUUCUAUGAAGCAUAUUUAUUGUAUUCUGUAUUUAAUUGUUUAUAAAUGGCUACAUUUUCUCAGCAUCUUGGUGGUCUUUCUGUGCGCUUUUUAUAGCUUCUUACGCAGAAAUGAUUACAAAAAAAUUAAUUUUGACCAUGGUUUUGUUUACCUUUUUGCAAUGAUUGACUCUCAGCACUUAGGCUAUCCUGAUAAGGAUUCUUUCACAUUUAACGCCUUCUAUUAGUCUGGAGAAAAGAGAAUUUCAAACAUUUGAAGACAACAAGGAAAAUCAUUUAUGUAGCAAAGUUGCACCAGGGUCAGUAUCACAGAUUCCAAUACUGUGGGGGUCCAUUUUCCUUUGGAAUAUAGCUUUGUAAUAAAACACUGACCCAAAAGAUCAUGAACUACAAAUCAUGCCAGUACCCUGUGAAUAAUCUGCUAUUUAAUGCUUGAGAGGAACUUUUAGUCCUACGGUUCUCAAAGCUGUCCACCACUGAGGGCAUUUUUUUGCAUCAUGUCUGGGUCUGUUGUAGACUAAACGAUAAAGAGAGAUUAAUCGCCAUAAUUAGUCAUUUAAUAUGUGACCAGCGGGGUGGUAGUAGGUGAACUAGAUGGACUGUCAUCUCUUUUCUUUAUCCAGCAAUGUUAACAACUUUGAGAUGCAGAACUUUUAAGUAAUGAGUUGAAGGAUGCACAGUUCCCAAGUCCAAAGAUGCUUUUGGGGAACCUCCUAUUUUUACUUACUUUUAAUGUUUGUUGUGGCCUUGUUUGGGUGGGGGUGGGGAGAGAAAAGCUGAGGACAGUUACUGGUGGGCUGUCUUUUCAGCAGUGUCUUUUUUUAGUACCUUGUCUCAAUUGAAACGAUUUUGUCCGCAGUCUGCAAUACUUUGUCAGUUCUAUUGAAUGUAAUUUUAGAUAUAAAUGUAAUGUACAUAAAAUGCACUUAAAAGCAUUUCAGACACUUUCAAGUGGAAUAUAGGUGAUGUGAAAGAGUUCUUAAGUUUUAUAUUUGCUCUAUGACAUUCCAUCAUUUUGGCUGCACUCAAAUGCUUAUGCAUAGUAUUAUUUUAAAUUUAGCUAGCUAAUGCAAACUUAGAAAUUCCCCAUUACUACAGUGGUCUGAAGGUUUACCUGCGUCAUUUGUUCUAUUAUCAAAUCUCAUAACCCCUUUCCCCACAUAGUGCCCCUUUUUAUUUUAAAAAUUUUGCCCUUUUUAUUGAAAUAAUUGCUUUUGGCAUUGAAAUAUAAUAUUCCUUUGUAAUCAUCACGUUUCUACUUGGGAAAAAUGCUCUGUUUACAGCCAGGGAAACCUUAUUCCACUGUGUGUGAUGAAUUCAAAGAGACAGAGUUCUUGUUUCAGAGUUACGGAGUUUCCAUGCUGUCUCAUUCAGGCUUUGAUGCAAUUUUGAUCAUUGCAGCAUAAUGUUACAAUUUAAGGCCAGCUGACUGAUUUUCUGAAUGAAUUUCUGUAACGUAUCACUGACUGUUACUUUUCUUAAAACAAACAAAAUGGGUGCAUUAUUAAAUUAGCAGUAUUUUCACUUAAAUAAGCCUCAGAACCAAGCCUGCAAUGGGCCAGUGAAAAGGGACACUGUCUCUUUUUUUUAUAUGAAAAACAUUUGUUGCCAAAAUAUUUGGCGGUCUUGAAGAUUUUCUAAUGAAAGGAAAAGGAAGAUCUUGAAUUGUACAACUUGCAUGAUAUCAGCAGUUUGGCACUUAAUCUCACUUUAAUUCCUGUAGUGUUAACGUGGAAUCCGUCUUGUUAAAUUUGAUACUUUUCAAGAAUAUUGAUUGUUCUCCUUUUCAGAGAUUGUGUAAUAAUAUUGUCUGUUUAAAAGGAAAAGUUUAUAUACUUCUUUUGUUUAAAAAAGGCAAUACAUUCCAAAAAAGACAACUGUAAAUACAUAUAGGUAUACUAUGUAAUUGGUAAAAUUGCCUGUAAUUAUUUUGAAACACCAAUUUCUAGUACUGCACCUUGCAACACUUGUAUGGGGUAAAACCAUAUAUAAAUGCAGGUAACAAAAGCACAGAGAUCAUUGUAAAAUAAAAGGAAAUAAAUUUUAAAAAAAGAAAAGAAAAAAUAUAAGAAAAAAAACUGAAGACAUGGAAGUCAGUAUUUGAUGUCUGUGAUCCCUAUUGUACACCUACACAUCUGUACUGUUAAUUGUCUUUACCACUGUUCAAAGUUGGUAAAGGAGUUGGGCAUAUUUUUUAAAAAGCAUGUUGGAAUAAAUUUUACAAACUCGAUGUGUUUCCAGGGUUGUCUCAUUGCCCUUCCCUUGGGUGUUGCUUGUUUAAUCCUCCGUUGCUUGGCAUUUUUUUUAAACAUUAGACUAUUUUGAAGAGCUAUCCUG